CCGGCUUCCGCUUCGCUCACUCUUUCGGGCCGCUCGAGCCGUCUCCGGGGCGACGUGGGGCCGAGUCGGGCUCCCCUCGGAUUGUGAGGUUAUCAAGGAGGGUUGAACAGAUAAAAAGAUGAAGCUUUACAGUCUAAGUGUUCUUUACAAAGGCGAUCCCAAAGUGCACUUACUGAAAGCUGCAUAUGAUGUGUCAUCAUUUAGUUUCUUCCAGAGAUCCAGCAUUCAAGAAUUUAUGACUUUCACAAGCCAACUGAUAGUAGAGCGUUCAGAGCCUGGAAGCAGAGCUUCUGUAAAGGAACAGGAAUAUCUCUGCCAUGUUUAUGUACGGAAUGAUGGUUUGGCUGGAGUGGUAAUUGCAGAUAAUGAAUAUCCGUCCCGGGUUUGUUUCACUUUGUUGGAUAAGGUACUUGAUGAAUUCUCUAGGCAAGUUAAUAGGAUAGACUGGCCUUCUGGGUCUCCAGCAACAAUAAACUAUACAGCAUUGGAUGGAUACCUUAGUAAAUAUCAGAAUCCUCGUGAUGCGGAUGCAAUGACGAAAGUGCAAGCUGAAUUGGAUGAGACCAAAGUUAUCCUGCACAAUACAAUGGAGUCCUUGUUAGAACGAGGAGAGAAAUUGGAUGACUUAGUGGCCAAGUCAGAGAUUCUUGGAACUCAGUCAAAAGCCUUUUACAAAACUGCCCGCAAGCAGAAUUCAUGCUGUGACAUCAUGUGACUCCAUCAACCGUGUACCCUCACCACCUGCUUUGGACUAUCCGGAUUUGAUUUGAUUUCAUGACUCCUGGAGAGAGGCAGCACAUACACGUAACUACAGCAGCAUCUGUUGUUUCCAGAUUCAGCCAUCUCAACCACACUGGAGACAUGAAAUGGGCUACCACGUUGGGGUCCAUGAAAUUAAAACCAUAUUUUAAAAACUAACUUUCAUUGGCAAGAGAGCAUCUUGGAUAUUAGGUUGAUGACAUGAGGGGAGGUAAGAAUGGACAGUGUUGCUUACACACAUUCCUGUUUUGAUCAUCUGGCUGAUACCUGUACGGGGAUUCUCUCCUCUCCUUUCCAAAACUGCAAGCAGAUGUGGACUCACUGUGCAUACAUAAGAGUAAGAAAAACAGUUGGGCUGUCUGAAAGUUCUAAGGUUGCCUUUCUCAGCAUUGCACAGUAUCCUUGUGUCUUAAAAUGUUUGAUGCUAAUUUGGGAAGCAACCCAAAACCCGAUCAAUUUUAAACCCGUUCAGAGUUACUCAGAGAAUAUGGAUCUCUGCAUUCUGCAUGAAAGGAAAAACAAAACCAAACCCUAAGGCAGCCUGAGAACUGAUUAUACUUUGUAAUAUAGAAGGAACUCUAAAGAGGUGGGAAAGGGGUUUUAGGCAAGUAUGGAUAUGUACAUGCUUUUAAAUUUUCUUUGAUCCAAGGUGGGAAGUUUCUUCCCAUCUUGAGUCAGACUUUUUUUUUUUGCCAAGGAUAUAAACAGCAGCAUUGAGCUCCCUCUCUUAUCCAGUACCAUUGCUACUUAUCAAACCCAGGAUUUCAUUCAGAAGUGAUGAUGUGGCAUAGCCCCCUUGGCGCUCUUGAAUAAUGCAGUUUGUUCAGGUUGGGUUUAUUGGCAAAAAGCUGGUAACUUUCUAGCUGAUGGCUUGUUUUUUCUACCCUGUUCUGCAGGAUAUGGAAUGGGGAGCUAUCUUGCAAUCCAGGCCUUUCUUUUCACACUAUGUAUUAUGGCUGCUGUUCUGACAGUGUACCUGCCCUGGUAUUAACCAGCAGCUUUUCUUGAGAAUACUGUACCCAGAAGCAUAAUCUGCUGCUUUAUGCUAGCCCCUGUACCAGAGUCUUGUAGAGUAUGAUUUAUCCUGUAUUGGGUCUAAGUGAGUUAGUUGCUGCAGCCAUGCAGCUUGGUGUUGUCUUGUGAUGUUCUUGGCCAAGCCUACAUUCUCCCACAGUUGGAGAGUUUGUCCCCACUGGUUAGUUUUGUGUAAAUAUAGAAAAUGUUAUUAAUGCUUAUGUCUUUCCGUCAGUAGCACCUCAGCUACAAGGCCCUGUCUUUUGGGGGUGGGGCGGGUAGGGAUGUAUUCUACAGUUGCGUUUCUGCCCCCCUCCCCAAACAUUUUGCUUUAUCGCACCUGGGUUGGAAAUGUCUGCACACAGGUGAACCACCAUGUCCCUUAAAGUCAGCUGACUCCUAAUCAAGGAGUCCUUUGUGAAGCAAUUCAGAUAGGCAAUAGGAAGAACAUGCCACUUGGAGUUGUUGCUUGUCAAUGGUAUCAUGUGUGCGCAUGUGCACAUGGUGGAAUGAUCGCUCCUCCAAUACAUUAACCCAAGAAUAGGGACAGAAGUCCAUCUUCUAGGGUAGGGAUAAGUAACUCAGUAACAUCUUGGGCACAGAUUUCCUAUCCCUGUUGAUAAAACUGACACCACUGACUGAAUCUCCUCUCCAUUCCAGAGGAGGCACAUAAAAAGCCAGGACAGCUUGCCUUGCCCACUAGCAUGGAACCAGUUAGUGCCAAGUAGACAAAUGCCAGAAUGACAAAGGGCAAUUUAAGGCAGAGUUGAAGGUUACUGGUAGGACUGUGAGGAGAAAUCCAAUUUCUGACUUGCAUUGUUCAUUUCUCAAAAUGUGUGUGUCAUACACAAUUGCAUCAGCUCUUGUGACUUCUUGAGCAAACCACCAACUUGCCAACUUCCAUAGAGUUUAUAAAUAUUCAUCAAGCCUAAGGCCAAUACAGUGAAGUGGAGCAAGUGAACAACCUGGGGUUUUAACACAUUUCUGUUCAACUUGAACAGUGAUGGGUGCAUCCUGGGACUUGACAACUUGGCUACAUUUACUUGCCUUUUGAAGCCUUUCUUGAGGAAGAGACUAGGUGAAAGAGUGGAACUGGGCCAGUUGCAAGCUUGAAUCAUUAUGCAGAGGCUGCAUUGGCAGACCUGAUGCAGCACCCUUACGGUGCCAGAAAUCACCAGCCUUAAUUCUUUUUCUUCCUCCAAUGUCUGCUUCAGAUGCACCAACCUAAGGGCUGUUGUAUUUUCUGUAAAGUCCAUUUCUGCAGUGGUCAGUUCCUUGUGGGCUGUUACUUUGCUCCAAAAGAUUGAUUGAGAGGGUAGAAGGAGCACUGCAGUGAGUUUUGUUACUACUUGCCGUAAAAGAAAAUGGUUUCUCCUCUCCUUAUUCUUUAGUCGAGAAUGUACAGUACUGUAGAAACUUGCCUGCAUAUAGAACAAACUAGUUAGUUACUUUUUUGCCCCUUAAGCUCAUCAAUUCCUAACUCUUUCUUAUGUGGAAGCUUUUACUAAAGAUUGUAUUUUAAUAAAUAUUGCUUAAUGUCUGUAUGUACUGGUUAUUGGCAUAUAUCUAUGUGGAUAAAGUUAUCCUUGAUCAUUGAGAA